AUGGCGCCCCGCGCUGAGCGUGCCGCGGUGAUGGUGCUCUCCGCUCAAGUAAAGUCUCAUGACGAGAAGACGAUACUUGUGGAAGCUGGCGGAUUUACCCCAGUUCGCUGGUUCCUCGAGCGUGGCGUCCAACCGCAAGGCAACGAAGAGCGACCAUGGAAACGCCAGAAACUGGAUCACAGCAAGCAGGAGAUCAAUCUUCCGCGUUCAGAAGAAAUCCCACUCUAUUCACUUCAGCUCGACUUUGUUUUCCCAGAAACACUACAAUCCCCAGCCGAAGAGGCGAUCGCGCAAGAUGUGGAUUUCUCGGAUUCCAUUGGAAUACCAGUGGUUCCAUACGGCAUUGUCAACGAUGAGGACAGCGCGACAAUUCGCCUGGCUCUUCCACAAACCAAGGGACAUGUACUGCUGCUCGAAUCGGCGGCUCUUCCCAAGGAUAUACAGUCCAUGCUACGCAUCCUCAUCCAUUCGAUGACCGCCAAGACCAAUGCCAAACAAAUCCGAGCAUGCAAUUCGUCGUGCAAGUUAACACGCUCUGCGGGCAAGCUCUUCACUGUUGUUCGGCUGCAGGCUGCAUUGUCCUGGCGCUCGGGUGAGACUGCUUUCUUGAGCAAUGCUUCUGCUGUAAAUCCAAGUCCUGACUACAGCACUUUCCUUGAAGCAUAUCCAGCGUCGGAUCCCGACCACAGCAGUAAGCCUUGGACCCCAAAGGACUUUUACGACAGCGUUCAUGCUACCUCUGGCGACGAUAAGAUGCAAGACUCCUACAACGAUGUGUUAGUGAGCGAUCUCUUUCCGUUUCAAAAGAGAGCUGUGAAGUGGAUGCUGGGUCGCGAGGGAACUGGAAAUGACAGCAGAGCGGUGCCUAACUUCUAUGAGCCUGUAAAGGAUCUGGAAGGCCAACCUUGCUUUGUGAACCGCCUCCAGGGUGUGAUAUCACGCGAGCCAUUGAAGUUUGGGGAUAUAUCCGGGGGUGGUCUAUUCGAUGAAAUGGGCCUUGGGAAGACUGUGGAGCUCAUUUCGCUGAUCACCCUGAACGGCCGUCCUUCUGGGUCCGCUCUUCAAUCGUCGGACGAAUCCUCGCCUGAUGCGCUGUCAGCGGAUGGAGCAGGAAAGAAUGUCAAAGACGAACACUCUGGAGAUGUAGUCACAUCAUCGAAAGCGACCUUGAUUAUAACUCCGUCGUCCAUCAUAGCGCAGUGGCAGGCAGAACUGGCGAAGCAUGCACCGGCGCUGCGUGUCUUCACCUACCAGGGGAUUCCCGGCAACAAGUCUAAAGCGUCAUCUGAGGAGGAAGUCAUAAGAGAUCUCACAACCAAGUAUGACGUCGUGCUGGCAACAUAUACGACUCUCGGCCGUGAAAUUCACUUCGCGGAAGAUCCCCCUGAGCGUAAUAUGCGGCACCAACCCAAAUUUGAGCGCAAACGAAGCCCUUUGGUUCAGAUACAGUGGUGGCGAUUAUGUCUGGACGAAGCACAGAUGGUCGAGAGCGGUGUGACUGCCGCCGCUAAAGUCGCUUGCCGUCUACCGCGGGUGCAUUCGUGGGCAGUGUCUGGGACGCCGCUUAAGAAGAACAUUCAGGAUCUUCACGGCCUUCUGAUAUUCCUGCGAUACAACCCCUUUGAUGGACCAAAUGGGGGCAAGAGCUGGAAGCGCCUCGUUUUCCACAAGUCGCUAUUUCGCAGCAUCUUCAAUUGUAUGGCGCUGCGACAUACUAAAUGGCACGUACGGGACGAACUACGCCUGCCAUCCCAAAAGCGUGUCGUCGUCACAGUGCCGUUCACCAUCGUCGAGCAGCAGCAUUACUCCACCCUCUUCACGGAGAUGUGUGAGGAGGUUGGGGUAAAUUCUGUGGGAGCGCCGCAAAGAGAUGGAUGGAAUCCAGAGGACCCCGAGACGAUUGACGCAAUGCGAACAUUUCUCACACGCCUGAGACAGACAUGUCUGCAUCCUCAAGUCGGUGGCAGGAAUCGAAGAGCACUGGGUAGAGGUGCUGGAGCCGGUCCUCUUCGAACGGUUGGCGAGGUGCUCGAGGUGAUGAUUGAGCAAAACGAGGGCGCAUUGCGGGUUGACGAGCGGGCAGUGAUUGCAGCAUCUUUGCAAAGAGCCCACAUUCUCGCGAACAACCGAGACGACGAGCAACGAAGUGAAAAGGCACUCAAUAUUUACGAGGAGGCGCGACAGACCGUCAUGCAAAUUGUCAAAGAUGCCAGAAAGCGAUUAGCCAUCGCAGAGUCUGCCCGUCAAUCUCAAGCCGGGUCAGAUAGCGAGGAUGGCGACGAUUCAACACAACUGUUGGGGAAGUUUCGGACUGGUCUGCGAACCGCGCUUCAACUCGAACAUGUCUGCACGUUUUUCGUUGCCACUUCCUACUAUCAGAUCAAGACCAGCAAGGAGGAAGACUCCGACGAAUUCAAGCGAAUGGAAGAGUUGGAGACGACCUACUAUGAGAUGGCAAAACAGUUGCGAAAGGAGAUUCUUUCUGAGACCUCUCGAAAAGCCGAGGCGCUAAUGGACAAGAUCAAGUCUGGUACCUCGAUCAAACUCUCACCAGUGAAGGAUUUACCGAGCCUGGGCGGUAUUGAGAGCCGGCGCAUUGUUGAGAGAGCUGACGAGCUGUUUGACAUUAUCAACAAGCAGCAGGAAAUACUUGAGGAGUGGCGUGCAGUCAUAGCAGCCUUCUUGCUCAAGCCACUGGUUGAUGAUGACAAACAAGACAGCGAUGCUGCUGCGAUCACUGGAGAGGAGUACGGAGAUUCCACGAAGCAGCAAGACGAACUCUUUGUCUACUUUGAUGCUUUCAAAGCCGUACACGCUGAUCUCACCACGUUCAUCACUGGCGAAGCUGCUCCUCUUAUCGACUGGGAGGUCAAAGAGUACGUCCGGAAUUGCAAGCGCUUUUUCGAUGAUAAGGUGAUGGAAGUACACAAGCUGAUGGUGCACGCACCCAAACUGGGCUUGAAGCUCUUCAAGAUCCGUCAAAAGUUCCGGGAUGAGAGAGAUUCUGCGGGGUCAGUUCGCGGGCUCAUUCAGGAAGCUCGUAAUCUGGAUGUCUCCAUGGACUGGAACAAGACGAGGACUGCUGCCGAGCGUGCUAUUGUUAAGCAACACAUUGCGGCACUUCAGUCCGUAUUCACCUCCAGCACCAAAGUUCUUGCAGGACUGGAGAAAGAGGUUGAGCUUUUUAGGCAGACUCAGAACCAGCGUGUGGCCUUUUAUCGUCAACUACAGGAAGUCUCCGAWGAUGUCGCGGCUUACAAGGAUGAUCUCGAUGAUACUCUGGAUCUGGCAGCCCUCGACGUCGUUAUAACAAAAGAGGAACGUGCCAAGAAGUCACUGGCCGAAGCACAAAAGAAGAAUCGCUUCCUCCUCCAUCUGAGGGAGGAAAGUGGUGCUCAAGCCGGUCCUCGUGUGUGCAUCAUCUGCACCUCUAAUUUCGAGAGCGGCGUCUUGACAGUCUGUGGUCAUCAAUUCUGCAAAGAUUGCACUCAGCACUGGUUCAAGCAAUCACGGAGCUGUCCGAUGUGCAAGCGAGUCUUGAACACCACUGCCGACCUUCACGAUAUCACUUUCAAGCCCCAAGCACUCCGCGCUCAGGAGGAGACAUCUGUUGAGGAACCCUCUCAGUCCGAGGAGCAGCAGCCUUCACCCUCCUCUCCCGGCAGUGGUGGGCCCCCAGUAUCAAUAUACACCGACAUGUCCCCCGACCUUCUCUCAGAAAUCCAAUCCAUCGACCUCCCCAACUCCUACGGCACCAAAAUUGACACUCUAGGCCGCCACCUACACUGGAUCCGCGAACAUGACCCGGGAGCGAAGUCAAUCGUCUUCUCUCAGUUCCGCGAAUUCCUUGACGUUCUCGGCGUAGCUCUCAAAGAAUUCAAACUCGGCUCCACACGUCUCGGCCGUUCUGGAGCGGCUGAGAAAUUCAAAGCCGAUCCGAGUAUUGAUUGUUUACUUCUGGAUGCCAAGACCGAUUCCUCGGGUCUGACAUUGGUGAAUGCGACGCAUGUAUUCAUUUGUGAGCCGUUGGUGAAUACGGCUGUGGAAUUGCAGGCUAUUGCGAGAGUUCAUCGGAUCGGACAGACGAGAUCUACGACUGUGUGGAUGUACUUGAUUGAGGGCACGGUUGAGGAGGGGAUAUAUGAGAUUUCUGUGAGGAGGCGGUUGGAACAUGUGCAAUCUAGGCGAAAGGCCAAGGAGAGUGUGAAUGGAGGGAAGGCGGAGCAGGAAACGGCUAUUGAGGACGCUAACUCGGAGGAGUUGCAGGCUGCUCCGUUGACGAAGUUGUUGGUUGGAGGAAAGAGUGGUGGGGAGUUGGUCGAGAAGGGGGAUUUGUGGCAGUGUCUUUUUGGGAAGGCGAAGAUUGAAAGCGGUGAGUUUGGCGAAGAAGUGCAGACGGAAGUUGGGAGGCAUUUGAGAGGGGAGGCUGCUGAGGAGAGGCGGUUGGUUGAGGGGUGA